AUGGGUAUCUUGCAUGGCGAAACUGGGCAUCAAGCCCCGCUCGCAGCGCCGAAUGGUCAUGCAAAGCCUCCGCCAUGCCUGGCAGGAAUGAAUAUUUAUGCUAAAGCGCAAGAAGAGUAUGGGCUGAUCAAGAAAGUCCACCGCACCUUGGCGCCGACAGGAUGUACUCCCGAUUUUUGCCAGGCCGGUCGAAUGACACGGAUCCAUGAGCCAAGAGUAGGCAGAGAUCGUCCCCUGGAGGAGAUUCAGCAGGAAGCGGUUGAAUUCCUUCGCGAAUGCCGCGACCAGGAUAUCAUCGAGUCCAACGAGCUGUUGGACCAACGUAUCAAGACAGCAUUGGUCCAGAUCAUGGAAACCUCAGAAGAAAAGAUAGUCACCGAUAAGCAAGGGAACCAGUUCCAAGGCAUUGCUGGGGGUGCAUGGGAACAGACCUAUGAGGAGCUCGAGUACGGCUUGCGAGCCGCAUGGAGAAACUCGAGAAGGUGCAUCAUGCGCUCCGAACACAUGCACCUGGCGCUAUGCGAUCUUCGACGAGUCACCACAAGUCGGGAGAUGGUCCACACCAUCCUUGACGGCAUGGUCAAGGCUUUCAACAGAGGUCGCAUUCUACCCACCUGCUUCGUCUUCCCACCGCGCCUCCCGGGCAAACGUGGUCCCAUGGUGUGGAACACACAAGUCUUGCAGUUCGCCGGCUAUCGACAGGCUGACGACUCGGUGCUGGGUGACCCUGCCAACGUUGAGCUCACCGAGGCAUUCAUCCGGUUUGGCUGGAAACCACCUCGCAAACGAACGCGCUGGGACAUCCUCCCCCUCAUCGCCAUGGCGGAAGGUGACCGCCCCUACAUGGCCGAAUUGCCCCCCGAACUGCGGAGGACUGUGUCCAUUUCGCACCCGCGGUUCGAGCGCGAGUUCCGAGAAAUGGACCUUUGCUGGGUCAUGGCGCCAGCCCUCAGCAGGCAAGGCUUUGAUAUUGGUGGCAACCAGUACACCGGCUCCCCCUUCAUUGGCUGGGUCAUGGACGCUGAGAUUGGCGUCCGCGACCUGGCCGACACCUUUCGCUACAACGUGCUCCCUGAAGUAGCCCAACGUCGUCGCCUGAGCGACGAGCCCGACACCCCCUUUGACAGCUUGCAAGAGUACCUGACCCUGGUCGCCUUGUCUCGAGCCCAGGCAGAACUCAAUUUCGCCGUCUAUUACUCUUUUCUCUGCGCUCACGUUAUGAUGAUCGAUACUAUGACCAGUUCCAUCAAGUACCAGAACUAUGAUCUCGAUCGACAGGCUGUCGUCGGCUACCGACUUCCUGCAGACCCGUACUGGCUAGCUCCUCCUCAAGGUUCCAUCGUGCCUAUCUGGCAUCAAGGCGGUCUGCCUAAUUACCAGCCCAAGCCGAUGAUCUGCCGACAUGUCCAGGAUCCCGUCAAGGCAUGGGAAAGAGAGCUCGAGCAGAAACGGAGAGAAGACGCCGAGACACCGUCCUAG